AAAUGAGAGUCUCUAUCUGCCAGUAGUUAUCUGGACGGCAGAGCAAUAAGCUUAAAGAAGUACCUAACAAUAUGUAUACUAAAUUACUAUUGGGUGAACCUAUGCUUAAUCUCCAUAUUUCCCUUAUCAGCUCGGACAUUGUUCUGCCUUCUAUGAUUGGCCAAUUGCUUUUGAUAAACUUCCCGCUUACAGGUUCAUGGGGGUCACGGAUUUACAACUUCAUUAACUCUAUUGUCUUCCUACCCUGGUUUCUUUUUGUCCUAGACUUGACAUUGCAAUUCCAUUUGCCCGCUCUUAUCAGAGCUGCCAUCUUUGAGGCAUAUUUCAUUUUUGCCUGUGAAUAUGUCCGCGGUGAUAUACGGUUCUUGCAUCCAGGACAUCUGGAUUCUGGAACCAGGGGACAUCUGGGGUCAAGAGGAUGUCUAUGUAGUAGGCAGAAUACUUGGAAGUUACAAACGGCAAGUUUUAUACAUAGACAUUACCUAGCUACCGCCCAAACCCUCAAGCACCACAUGGCAAUGGAAUCAAAUCUAUGGUGUACCAUCAAAUGCCAACAUUGAAUGUUAUGUACAUGUAUACAUAGAUGAUAGCACAUACAUGUACUGGUAUGUACUAUGUAUUCCAGGUUAACUUCAGUGUCCCAGGUAAAACCUUGUCGUGCGGGGGCUAGUCGAGUAACACAAGCUGAGAUAUGUACUACUACCAGAGAGCCAAUCCGGGGCAUGCAUGGAUGGAAGCUUGAGGAUGAAUUACCGACUGAUAAGCAAUAUAUUAUGUACAUGUACCAUGUAGAUAAGCUGUCUUGAGUGA